AUGGGGCCCUUCGCUGUCUUGCGUCAGGAUGUUCAUGGCUUAAAACUACAUUAUCAAGCUUUAAAAAAUAAUAAAAAAGGGGGAAAUGUGGUGGCCCCCAGCUGCGGCGUAAGAGCGCGGCUUCGGGCGGCCGGGCUGGAGGCGCUCGACGGCUCGCCGCGGGCCCCCGGGACCCUGCUAAGCGCUCGACCAAGUUGGACUGGCCGGCGGGGGGGCGCCCAGCCGUGGAAGAGGGGCACUCUGGACUGGGCCAGCCCCGGGCGGCCAACAGAGCGCCCACCUGCCCCGGUCCUGCGGCGCCAAGGUAGCCGGGCCGCCGGCCGCGGGGUUUCCGAGGUCCGCACGGCUCGGCCCGAGGGCGAAGGAGAGGGAGGGCGGUCGCUGACACCGCCGCCCUUCAGUCCCAGGUUUCUGCGCGACCGAAGCUGGCAGCCUUUUCCUUCAGCUCUCGGUUUCCCGGCGGCAGCCCGAGCCGUGCCGGAAGCGGGCGGCGCCACGGGCGCCGGGGGCGAGACCUCGCCGUGCUCUGCGCCUGUUACCUGUUGCGCGCCCUUGCCGCCGAGUCUCAAGUGGGCAUGUUUCAGGUGGGCAGGUCCAGCCUCCCCAAACCUGCCGCCCGGAACCUGGAGGACCUGGACUCUGUGCAGCGCGUCCUCUUCCACAGAAUCGGACGCUCGGGAUUCACCCGCUCUGGUCGCUCCGAGGCUGGCCCCGCGCGGGACGGGGUUACCCACCCCACUGCAGAGAACACCACCUUCUCUAGAAGAGAUACAACAAUUAAGCAAAGCUGUUUUUUAAACAUCUCUAGACUUUCUCCAGGAAAAUGAGCUGAGAGGUGCCAAAGAAUUCCAAACUGAUUAACCCUGCAGGGUUUCAGAUCCAAAGCACAAACCUGUCUGAAUGAACCAGGACAAAAGAAUAUGUUUAAACUACAGUCUUCAAAACUGAGAUGAUUAUUUCAGAAGUAAGCAGUGGAGCGUUUCUGGAAUAAACCUGCUCAGUAUAUGAAAAGCUACUUUAUCUGAAUUACAAAUAACUGUGCCCACAUGCUAUGGGAACCAGUGGAAUCUGAAACUUAAGUGUCUUUGUCAGUAUGAUGGCUACAAUUCUCUAUUUUUAACAAUAUGUGAAAAUCAUUUUGCUUUUGCAAUGCAUUAUUUUUGUCAGUGGUUAUUUACUGUUUAAUGUUUUCAAACACACUUAUUAAAAAAUUGGAAACAUC